AUGGCUCUCAAGCACCCCAUCAAGACCACGACCAAUGCCCCGCUGACCGCUCUGAAGCUUCCUGAGCCUAGCACAUUCGACAUCCUUCCCAAGCUGCACGAACUGCUCGCGCGGGUGGAUGCCGACCCUAACGCAAAACCUCUCCAUGGCGAUGACCUACAUCUUCAUGACAUCGAGAACACAUCCAGUAUCGCAACCGCCUACGAUCGCGGCGACGCCUUUAAACCCUUGAACCCCAAAGAUCUGCCGAAUGCGCUCGUCGGACAAACAGAUCAAUCGCCUAAGAAGAAUGAGAAAGGCGUAUUCAUCAAAGGCAUCAAGGACGACAUGCGGGAUGCGCUGAGAAGUGUAGAGAGACUGCCCGACGUGGACAGGACAGUCGAGGAGCAGGAAGAGGAGAUUGAAGAGUUGGAGGACAGGAUUAGACAGCAGAAGCAGAUGCUGCGGGGAUUGGCUGAAGUUGCGAAGGAGAUGGAGUCGAGAGUGCAGAGUGCAAGCUGAGAGGUUAUCGAGAGGCCACCAAGAUCAGCCGGCGCCGUGCCAAUCAUCGUGCCAAUCUGACCGCGGCUUACUCGCUACCCUCUAUCAACGCCAUGAGAUGUGUGAAGGGCAAGUGUAAUGGCAAGCUUAACGCUGAGAGCUCGUCAACAGCCAGAGACGGGAUCCUCAAUCGCUCUCUUCCGGGGCAGGCACAAACAAGAUGACGUUGUCCGCGUACUCGAAGUGGCAAGCUCCUGCAAAAAAAAGAGUCUUACGUCGAGAGAUAGCGUUGUGCCAUCGGUCUGCUAAGAGCAUUAUCCGGCUCUCGAUCUGGCUCUCAUGAACGCUUCAUCAGAAAGCGUAUUGACUAAAAUCGUUCGCAGAUGGGCCUGCAGAGCUUGCGAGAGCAUGUUCGAGAGGAAUCGUUGACUGGUCACCGACCAUGUCAAAGCAUGGAGGGGCGCGGAGGUCAGUCUAUCGUUGCGAAGAAAAGGUAUGCCAAGAAGCUUGUGUACUGGACUCAGAUUACCAUCGCAAGGCGCGCAUGCAUUAGUUGUGCACGAGACCUGGGCGAGGGAAGCCAGAGAAGGCAACCAGACCACCCCACGAACGAAGGUGGCAAUACCCCCUAGAUGCAAGAAUAAG